UGUAUGGAUUUAACUACAAGUACCUUAGAACCAUAGCUACCGCACAUCAACUUGUGCCACAGAUAGGUCGACCGGGAAACCGGUUUCUGAACAACUGGUUAAAUUGUACUUGGAAGAAAAAAAAAGAGUAGUGGUGAGAGUCAAUGUAGUAUUGCCGUAUAGAAUAGUCCUUUGUGCUCACAUGCCAUCUUUAUGCAGAUAGAUUUAUUGCACGAUAUUUGCUGCUCUUCACUUGCUUUCUAUCGGAGUGUGACUACAGAAGAGCGUAGAUCCUAUCAGCUGUCGUUGGAUUCUUAGGAAGCGCUUUAGAGGUGACAGCCCCUAGCUUCCAGUCUUCCCCACUCUGAGUGCUCCCUCAACUCAGAGACUCAAUGCAACUGGACCAGGGGGCUUAUGGGUAUGAAGUGGCUGGGCCAAUCCAAGAGCAUGGUGUUGAAUGGCAGCAGGUACUCCACCAGUGAGCAGCAGCCCGUGAGCCAGAGCCAGAGCCAGACCCGCUCCCAGCAGCAGCUACACCCACAGAGGAGCUCUCUCCGACCAGGAACUGGCAGCAGGAGAUGUAGCCGCCGGUUCAGUGCGGCCAGCCUGGAGGCGGAGCGACGCUGUAUCCCGUCCUCUGGGAUGACCGCCAAGGAGCUGUGUGAGCACGAUGACCUCACCACCAGCCUCAUCCUCGACCCUUAUCUGGGCUUCCAGACACACAAGAUGAACACCAGGUUUCGACCAAUCAAGGGAAGACAGGAAGAGCUGAAGGAGAUAAUCGAGCGGUUCAAGAAGCACGACAACCUGGAGAAGGCUUUCAGAGCACUCACCUCUGGAGACUGGUCCAGACACCACUUCCUACACAAGUCUAAAGCCCAGGAGAAGCUCUUCAAACAGCACGUGUUUGUGUAUCUGCGGAUGUUUGCGGCUGACAGUGGGUUUGAGAUUCUGCCGUGUAACCGCUACUCCUCUGAGCAGAACGGAGCCAAGAUCGUGGCCACAAAGGAAUGGAAAAGGAACGAUAAGAUUGAGUACUUGGUGGGCUGCAUCGCCGAGCUGUCGGAGAGCGAGGAGAACAUGCUGCUGCGUCACGGGGAGAAUGACUUCAGUGUCAUGUACUCGACACGCAAGAACUGUGCUCAGCUGUGGCUGGGGCCUGCAGCCUUCAUCAACCACGAUUGCCGGCCAAAUUGCAAGUUUGUGUCGACGGGUCGUGACACGGCCUGUGUCAAGGUGCUAAGGGACAUCGAACCGGGAGAGGAGAUCUCCUGUUACUACGGCGACGGAUUCUUCGGGGAGAACAACGAAUAUUGUGAAUGCUACACGUGUGAACGACGUCUCACUGGCGCGUUCAAAUCCAAGGCCGGGCUGCCGGCGGAGGCUCCGGUGAUCAACAGCACGUACGGGUUACGGGAGACGGACAAGCGUCUGAACCGGCUGAAGAAGAUGGAGGCAGGAGAGGGCAGCAGGAACUCCGACAGCCACUCUGUGGGCUCCCACACCGACAUAGACUCUCAGGACAUACCAAACACACACACAUCUGGAAGGAAAAGGACUUCCUCCAAUAUGAAGUUCAGCAGAACCAGAACUCAAAGCAGAUCGUCUCUUUCCAGAGCACUAACCUCUACCUCACCUUCUAAACAAAGUCACAGAAACACUGGCAGGAUACCAAAGAGACUCCGAUCCAAACCCGCCACGCCUUCGCUCUCCAAGGUCCGGUUGCGCAGUAGAUGCAGCAGGGGCAGAGGUUCGGAGCCCAAAGCGGCGGCGGCGGCCCGAGGGGAGGUGCUGGGUACCACCGGGCCUGGUCGCCUGGGUCUCCGGGAGCCGAGGACGUCGUCGCUGUGUAAGGCGGGCGUGUCGGUGAAGAAGGAGAAGGAUGCACAGGGACCAGUCCAGACAGCACUGGGCCAGCGGGGGUGUCUGACCCGCCAUGCGGCCAAGGAGAACAACACCCCGGCAGUCUGCGAGGGCAGCCAGAGCCAACCUUACACUUCCAGGACUCGCAGGUCCACCAGGACCCUGGUAAAGGUCCAGGACGCUGUAGCCGGGCCAGCUGGGGUUAAACUGGAGCCUGGGGGCCUGGAGGGCCACGGCACCGUCCCUGGAGGGGUGGAGAUUAAAACGGAGCCUGCUGACCUGGAGCAGUACCUGGGCCACGGGUUGGGCUCGGAGCUGGGCGGAGGUCUGGGUGCUGGCUACACGAGCAGAGGGGUCUGUACCAGACGCAGCCAGCUCACCCAGCUCCGGCCCGAACGGACGAUAAAGCGCGAGGACUCGUCGUACGGCGAGCUGUUCCCGCCGGUAGGGGUGGCCCCGGUGGCGUCCUCUCAACAACCCCGUCACCACCACAGUACUGCCGACACGGCAGACUGCGACAAGAUGCUGCUGGGCCUCUCUGUCCCAGAGCACCACUGGGACUACAAGGGGAGCGAAGCCCUCCGGAGGGAGGACAGGGGGAGCGAGGCCCUCCGGAGGGAGCGGGGGGAGGACAGGAACAGGAACAAGGGGAGGGAGAAAGGGCGUCGGCAUAAAGGGAAGGGAGGUUACCGGAGCCACAGGGGGGACAGAGCGCAGAGCAAAGGGAAGAAGAAACAGAGGAUCACGCGCUACGACGCCCAGCUGAUCCUGGAGAACAGCGGAGGGAUCCCCAAACUGACGCUCCGCCGGCGCAGAGACAGCAGCAGCAGCAAGACCAACGAGCCCAGCGAGCCAAUCAGCACGCAGCAGCAGGCUAGCAGCACCACCACGACGCCGCAGCCUACCGCCCAACCCCCGGUCAACUCAUCUUCGUCAUCCUCCUCCUCAUCAACGUCCAAGAUCAGCAUUAUGUUCAGGAAGGACCCGUCUCAGGACAGGGAGAAGGGCAGUUCCUGCAGCUCCUACCACGUGUCCAAGCUGAACGGGUUUGGGCCUCCCGGGCUCCACAGCACCAGCAGCUCCACCAAGCUGAAGAUCCAGCUGAAGAGGGAGGACGACGGACGGGCCCAGACUCACACUGACAACAGGGGGGACAAGGAGGGCUGCGGUCUGGGUGGCGGGGCCUUCGGCCUGGAAGCCAGGAAUGGUGGGAACCACGGAGGGCACAGGAUAGAAAACAUUGUGGUAGAUGAGUCUUCGUCUGAUGAUGAGGAGGAGGAGGAUGACGAGGAUGACUACUUUGACGAUGAGUUUGAGGACGAUUUCAUUCCACUCCCACCGGCGAAGCGGUUGCGUCUCAUCGUGGGGAAAGACUCAAUAGACAUCGAUAUCUCAUCCCGGAGGAGAGAGGACCAGUCUCUGAGGCUAAACGCCUGAUAAAGCUCUCUGAAUGGAGUUCAUAUCUGAUAUCUCAUCCCGGAGGAGAGAGGACCAGUCUCUGAGGCUAAACGCCUGAUAAAGCUCUCUGAAUGGAGUUCAUAUCUGAUAUCUCAUCCCGGAGGAGAGAGGUCCAGUCUCUGAGGCUAAACGCCUGAUAAAGCUCUCUGAAUGGAGUUCAUAUCUGAUAUCUCAUCCCGGAGGAGAGAGGUCCAGUCUCUGAGGCUAAACGCCUGAUAAAGCUCUCUGAAUGGAGUUCAUAUCUGAUAUCUCAUCCCGGAGGAGAGAGGUCCAGUCUCUGAGGCUAAACGCCUGAUAAAGCUCUCUGAAUGGAGUUCAUAACUGCGUCCCAAAUGUCAAACUGUUCCCUGUGCAGUGCACUACUUUGUAUGUGGUAAAUAGCAGGACACUAGGUAGGGAAUAGGGUGCCGUUUUGGGACGCAGUCCAUCACUCCACCUUUACAUGUACAGAAAACACUUGACUCACUAAUCAACUGUUGUGUUGAUGUUUAAAGAAGUACAGUCAUUUAAAAAUUAAAAAUAAAAACUUAAAAAGUUGCACAAAAAAAACUAAAGCGAAUCAGAAGGAAGAUGUUUGUAUAAAUGAAAAGUGAAUGCACUUCUGUCAUGAUUAAUAUUCAUAAUGAACUUGAAUAUUGUAGAAGGUGUACAGAUAUUAUGGUGACUAUCCUCUGUCCCACAGACAGACUUUAUUGAACUUUUUAUUUUAGAUUUUGUCUCACAGUACGCAAUUCUAAACUCUGUUGGCAAACCAGACUUUUUGUUUUAUUUUAUUUUUAAUUUAGUUUUUGUAAAAAACCCAUAUUAUAUGGGGAUAUGGGUCCAGUAACGUUCUGAUCCGGAUCAAUCCGUUCAGUUGUAGUAAUAAUGACAGGUUUCUAUAACCGUUCAACUCAUGAAUGAACUCAGUCCCACCAACACACUGGAAUCAUAGUGGGUUCUAUCAGCUGCUCAUCGGGGUUGAGCUCCAUUCCAAUUCCGGAAACAAACAGGAAUUCCGAAUUGGAAUUGGAAUCUCAGUUUGCUUCCUUGUCUGAAUUGAAAUGGAAUUGAGUCCAACCCUGCUCCUCCUGUCCUCCUGGCUGUGUUUUUUUUGUUAUUCUCUAAGAGAACGUUGACCCUGGCUGCAAUAUCCCAAUGUGUUUUAAAGCUCACACAGUACUGUUUACAGCAUGAUGGGUAAAAUGGGUCAUUGACAAGCCAACAAAUGGACCAAUGUUUUGGUAAUUUUUAAGCUUCAUUUCUGAUUUCUGGAGCCUCUGAUUUGGUUUUGACUAGAUCGUAUACAGCUACGGACAUAAUUAACUUCCUAGCAGGUUAGGAGAAUUAGGUUAAAGGUUAGGAAACGGGUUGGAGUUAGCUGAAAUGCUAAUAUUCUACCCGACUCCAACGUGCAACGUUUAAUAUUUUUGCUGUAUACGAGGGGUGUCAAACUCAUUCCAUGGAGGGCCAAAGUGUCUGCUGUUUUUGUUGGUUGUUCCUAUAAGACCUCGACAACCAGGUGAAGGGAGUUCCUUACUAAUUAGGUGACCUUGAUUCAUCAAUCGAGUACAAGUGGAGGAGCGAAAACCUGCAAUACACUUUUUCGCCCUCCGUAGAACACACGCUGUAUACCGUCUAGCCACAAGAGGGGUGGUUUAACGUUUGAAACACUAAUCAGUUAAAUGAAUACACGGCGUGUACGCUGUGUGCUGGUUUUAAACACGUCAUCAGGAAGUAACACGAAGAAGACCAGAAGGCAGGUUACAGAAAGACUGAAUCAUGGUCUGGAAAACGAGUUCAAACUCACUAGAGUAUUUAGUUGUUGUUUUUCCCAAAUCAGACAUAAUGAACACAUGACAACUUCAUAGAAUAUUAUCCCCAACGAAAUUAGUCAUUUUCACAAACAGUAUUAGGUGCCUUACAAACAACUCUUGGGGUAUCUGUCGAAGGCCUAGUUUUUUAGAAAAAAUGAUUAUCAGAAGGUGAAGAACUGUAGGUCGUCCCUCGGUAACUAACUAUGGGAACACUUUCUCCCCCCAGUCUUUCUGUAUAGUCUUUCUAUUUGAGUUAUUUUAGGGCUGGUUUCCCAGACAUAUUCAGACUAGCCUCGAACUACCAAGCUAUUCUCCAUCGACCGUGUUUUGUUUUUAAAGUCUUUAAUCCUUGUCUGGGAAACCCGUCUUUUGAGUGUGGAAGUACUGAACUGCCAAAUGUAAUCAAGGGAUCAACUGAGAUGAAUGUUAACUCCACUUUCUGUUGUCCUGUACUGUUCAUAUCACCAGCAAGCAGCGAAUCACAGUGAUAAACGAGGGGUUGUGUUCAUGAAGGCACAAAAAGAGGAGGGGGGGGGGGGGGGCUUCACUGAAAUGGGAGGGGGCUUCCUUGACUUGUCCAAUAAGAAAUUGUCACUUUUUUUUUUUUUUCUUUUUUUCUGUUGCAAAACAUUUUCUGUUGUGUGCCCUAAUGAACACAACCCUGGCUAUACGUGUACCUCCCCCUGUAUGAGCGUCAGUCACUCUCCAUUCUGUACUGUUCUCCAGGUGUUACUGUGUGAUCUUAUGUUCAAUAGCCAGCUGUCGACAUUUCUGAUUGGAUGAAAUUCAAUAACAAACAAACAAAUGAAAGAAAUGUGAAUCGUUUGCAGACAUUUUUAGUGUUGCGUUGGAGUUAGUGGGGGAAAACACACUUAAAAACAGACCUUUAAACCGGAGCAGUGCUUUUAUGUCCAGUAUGUAAAAACAGAAAUCACGUGAACACACCCUGUACUUAUUUAACCGUUUUGGAAUACUUGAAAACAUAAAGCUUCUUUUGUGAGAAUAAACUAUUUUUCUGUG